AUGGCAUUUUUGAGGUCAGUGGUGACAUCAAAAACUGCCAUCGCCGCUGCAAUUCCAGCUGCCUUUGCGCUCUCUUCGCUUUCUUCUUCUUCUUCUUCUUCUUUGAAUUUUCCACAAAGGGUUUAUAAAAACUUAUCUGUUCGUAUCUCUUCGAUUCGUAGCCCAGAAAAAUUGUGCCUUGUAAACAGUCUUGGGAACCUAGCACAGGCUUCUGUUCAAAUGGAUGCUCCACUAUCGAAUCAGAACCCACCUGCCCAGAACGGUGCAGUUUUGCCAGAAUUACUGACGGAAUUUAUGGUGGAUAUGAAGUGUGAGGGCUGUGUUAAUUCAGUCAAGGAUAAAUUACAAACUCUUUAUGUGAAGAUUUUGACUGAAGCAUUGGAGCAGACUGGUCGAAAAGCCCGGUUAAUCGGACAAGGGGUGCCUGAAGAUUUCCUUAUUUCGGCUGCUGUCACUGAAUUUAAAGGUCCUUCUAUUUUCGGAGUAGUUCGCUUAGCUCAAGUGAACAUGGAAUUGGCUAGAAUUGAAGCGAACUUCAGUGGUUUGCCGCCUGGAAAACAUGGUUGGUCCAUCAAUGAAUUCGGGGAUUUGACUCGGGGUGCAGCAAGUACCGGGAAAGUGUUCAACCCGAUAAGUGAUGCAAAAGAGCCUGUUGGUGACCUGGGAACACUAAAUGCUGAUGAGAAAGGUGAGGCUUUCUUUUCCGGUGUGAAAGAAAAGCUGAGAGUUGCUGAUCUGAUCGGACGAUCCAUAGUUGUGUAUGGAAGCGAGGAUAAAUCAGAUGAAGGUCUUGCUGCUGCAGUGAUAGCUAGAAGUGCAGGAGUUGGUGAGAACUACAAAAAGCUUUGCACGUGUGAUGGCACUACCAUCUGGGAAGCAACCAAUGCAGAUUUCGUCAGCAGUAAAGUUUAA